UUGGUGACACACUCUCAUUACUUCUGAUCAUCCUCGUCUGCCACAGAAAAAAGGAUUACAAAGAGAUGCAUACAUUGUACUUGGUUGUGGCAUGUGCUAUCUUCCAUCUUUUUCUCUUUCCAAAUACCUUUUGCCUUGCUGAUACCAACAUGAAAUCAGGUUCUCAAUGCUCAGAAGCUGAUUAUUCUGACAGUGAUAGCACACUCCAGACCAAUCUGAGGAGUUUGUUGGAUUCCCUUGUAUCUAACGUAGUGGAACACCAUGGUUUUUACCAAAACGUUGUAGGAAAAAAGGCCAACAGGGUUUAUGGUACAGUGUUAUGCAGAGGGGACAUAUCUGCUACCAAUUGUUCUGAUUGCACCCUUAAUUCGACCAGAGAAGCCACAAAUGAUUGUCCUAUGAGGAAUGAUGUUACAAUUUGGUUUAGAUGGUGUUUCCUACGGUACUCAAAUGAGAGCUUCUUUGGAGAUAUGCAACAGAGAGCUAUGACAGUGACGAAUGAAACCGACUUUGAUGAGCCGUCAGUGGUCUCAGAAGGCCUUCCCUUCAUGAGUAGAGUGGCGGCUGAGGCUGCAGACAAGUCAUUCAUGUUCCACACAGCAGUACUGAAUACAAGUAAAAGUGGGAAGAGGUAUGGCAUGGCUCAAUGCACCAGAGAUAUCAAUAGGGAGGAUUGCAGAAGGUGCUUGGAUGCUCAGUUGCUCACUUUCAGAACUGUCAUUGGAAACAAAAGAAGAUGGGAAAUUUAUGGAUCUAAUUGCUUUAUGUGGUACAAUGACUAUCAGUUUUAUUCUAAUGCCUCUACACUUCUCAGUGCUGCUUGGAGGCCCUCUUCUUCUUCUUGCACAUCAUUAAUGAUUGGCUUGACUCUUGCUGUCUCGGCUGCCCUUUUGGUGUUUUUUUAAGUAUCAUGUGACCCUUAUUUUACAAGUUCUUUUAGAAUGUCAAGAAUUUGCAACGGGUGAUUAUUUAAUUCAAUUUUCAUUACUUCUUCUGUGGGAUUUGGUUUUUUGAGAGAUGAUUUAGGACUGCAGAUGCAUAUAUGUGCUGCAAAACUUCUCUUAUUCUGUAUGCCUUCCUUAUUAUUAUUUUAUUUGUUUGU